AUGACGUCGCUUCCAGGCAGCAAAGACGAAGAGAAGACUUCCCCCAACGAUGUAAACGAGGCAACAGCAGCAGAUGUGUUGCCUGACGACGUCGAGUCCGAUUUCGUGUCUACUGAGAUUCCUCCAGAAGCGCCAGUGGCAGCAGUCUCCGAGGAGAUGCCGCCAGAUUCCGAUAGCAAACAGGAGGCUCGUGUGGAAACAGAGAUGGAGCAGCCUACCAAACCCUCUGAUGCAGCUACUACCACCACCACUGGUGAGACGCAGUCGGCAACCACCGCGAUUUCGCGAAUGGUCUCAUCACCGGGAGCCUUUAGCAUGCGAGGCCCGGACGGUGCGGCUUCGGACGACCCCGAGAACGACGAGGACGAAUUCGACGAGGGUCCACCACCAGUGAACGAUUUGGAAACUGGAACCGUUGGUACCACUCGUAACGACACAACUGUCGCCAUUGCAGGAAUGCCGCAGCAACAACUUCCACAAGAUCCCAUUGUGGAAGCUGUGGCAGUUCAAGACGACCUUCUUGAAAGAGCACAGAUCGAGGAAGAAAUCAGAAACACUAUCCUGCAAGAGGCGGUACAGGCAGAUGUGAUUCCUGUACAAGUUCCUGAUGUCAUAGAUGAAAGGAUGGGCGACAAUAAAGAACCCAAUUCCAUGAAACACAUUCUUUGUGGCGUGGUUAGCUUGGUGCUUCUCCUGGUACUAGUGCUGGGUCUGGGGCUUGGUCUUUCCAAAGAGAAGGAUGAUGUCACUACAAACAACAUGGAAAACACCAAAAGACCUACACUGGAAGUUGUGAGGGAACGUGGCUAUGUACGAUGUGGAAUGAACAAUCUUGGCUUUGCCAGCAUCAUUGAUCCGGAACAAUCAGACCAACUAGCCGGUUUCAAUGUACAGCAGUGCAGGGUGAUGGCUUCUUUGGUCUUUGGAGAUCCUGACAAAUUUGAACAAGUUUGGGUGACUCCCUUUUCUAGAUUCGAGUUGUUAGCCGAUGGAACAGUGGAUAUCACUACAGAGGGCACAACCCAUACUAUGGGGCGCGAUGUCUAUGAAGCAAACACAAGAUCUUCCUUUACAUUUUCCACCCCGUAUUUCUAUUCAGGAUUGGCAUUUGGAGGUGUGCCAACAUAUGUGGACUGUGCAGACAACUUGGAGGAUUUCCGUGGCGACUGUAGGGGUCUGCAGAUUUGUGCUGCAGCAGGUACAACUCACCUUGCAGUGCUCUCUGAAGUUUUGGGGGGUGGUACCAUUGUCCCAUACAAUGGCACGGACACCUUAGUCGAAAGGUUCCUGUCAGGAACUUGCAAUGUUAUUGCGUCAGAGCCAAUCUUCCUCACCAAGUUCAGUGCAGUCUAUGUAACUGAUGAUUGGGAAGUGGACUGGAAGUUAGGUGCAAAGCUUUUUUCCAAGGAGCCCUUGUGCCUGGUGACAAGACAGGAUGACCCAGAGUGGUCAGCUCUGGCAGACAUUGCUGUCAAUGCCUUCUUUUUGGCAGAGGCAAACAACAUCUCCAAAGAUCAAUCUGACAAAAUGGCGGACUUGGCUUUAUCCAACAAAGGUACUGAAGCUGAGCUAGACCUGAUCUCUUCUCUGACAACCUUGAUUGCAGAGUUUGGGCAUCACGGUGACCUCUACAGUCUUCACAUAGAAGACAAGGUGCCAAGGCAAGAUGGUCUCAACACAGUCUAUGACAAAGAGUCGUCAACAGGUCUGUUGUACUCCAUACCACUUGGGAAGAUUACUGAGCUUGGACCAAGUCCUGUUGCUAAUGGCACCCUGUCGCUGAUUCUGGAGCAAAACUACCUUGUCUGUGGAGUAAUGCCAACCAAAGGCCCAGCAUUUGUAUCCUCUUCCAAGAUUGAUUCCUACGAUUCUCUAUGGUCUGGCUUUGACAUUGAGUUUUGCCGAGGAUUGGCAGCAUCAUUGUUUGCUGGUGAUUCCAGCAGGGUCGUGUUUGUGGAGGUGCAAGACAUGACUGAUGCAUAUGGUGCUUUGGCCAAUGGUUCAGUGGAUGUUGUGGCUGGUGCUAGAGUAACCCUUCAGGCUGGCAUCCAGGAACCAACAACAGGUCUUGGUUACAAGUUCUCGUCACCCUACUACUACGACAAUGAAAGCAGAGAUGCGUUUGCCUUUAUGAUGCUCAACACAGAUCCACAAUGGAAUGACUUCGUCUAUUGGAUAGUGAUGGGAGUCAUCUUUGCAGAGGAGGAAGGCAUUACAGCUGAAACCUCUGUUGACAUGCCCAUUGUUUCUUUGUUUGGUGAAAAGCUGAAGCAAAUGUUCCGAGACUGUGUUGCCUCUGUGGGAAACUAUGCUGAGCUGUACAAUGCUACAUUGCAAGACGUUGUGCCAAGGGGCGGUGCAAAUAGGCUCAAUGAGGGACUGGCUGGGCCACAGCUGUUUCCGAUAAAUUUAAGUUAA